CAACUUGACGAGCUGGGGGACAAUCGCCUUGGCAGCUCCGAUGUCCAGGACGCUUCGCAGCUCACCGCCACCAUGAGCGGCGCUAUUGAGGCGCUCUACGUUUACGAUGAGCAUAAUCGUCCUAUUCUAGAACACGUCUAUCGCGCCCGCCCGCCCUCCGCAUCCACCAUCCUACCCCUCUACCUUGCACACCCCGCGCCGCGCCCUUCGCUGAUCUAUCUUCCGAGCACAUCACCGCCAGUGACGGUUUUUUCGGUUGUGCACUCGAAUCUGACGUUCAUCGUGCCCAGCGAUGUGGACGCGGAGCCGCUAUUGGUGCUGGAAUUCCUGCACCGCGUGAUCGAUGUGUUGGAAGAGUUCGUGGGAGCGCCGCUGCUCUCCAGCAAGAUACAGGCAAACUAUGAUGUGAUUGCACAGCUGUUGGUGGAAAUGUGCGAUGCGGGGAUCGUGUGUAAUACAGAGCCAAACGUGUUGCAGGAGACGGUGGAGGUUCCGAAUUGGAUGGGCAAACUGUUGGGCGGAGUAGGGUUACCAGGGACCGCUUCGCCGUCACUGGGCCCUCCGAACCCGCUGAAACAGUCCUUAUCCUCCACUACGGCCAACAUGGCCCAAGGGCCUGCGAUUCCAUGGCGACGACCAGGUGUGCGACAUACUUCCAACGAGCUAUAUGUGGAUAUUAUCGAGUCUUUAUCUGUGACGAUUGCACCAUCUGGUCGGCUGCUGUCCGCUUUGGUAUCGGGCACCAUCGCCUUCACGGCCAAGAUAUCAGGAGUUCCAGAUCUAGUCCUGAAUCUCACCGCCGCAGGCGGACAACAUACAAUUGCCAAGAAGAUCGAGCUUCCCGUGUUCCAUCCUUGUGUGCGGCUGGGCCGGUGGAGAGAACGACCGGGUGAGCUGAGCUUUAUCCCUCCAGACGGCCGCUUCAUUCUUGCGGGAUAUGAGGUCAAUCUCCUUCCUAUUGACCCCGAUCUCGACACUGCUCCUACCCAUAUGGAGAAGCUAUUUCUACCUGCCAUUGUCGACAUCCGAAAGUCCCUUGGCCCCACAGGACAGGACUUUGAGGUCCGUCUGGUAUUAAACACAAACUUCCCCGGCUCUUCGUCCUCACGACCCGCAGGAGGAGGCUUCGGCCGCGGUGGAUCGGGCACAUCUACGCCUUCAUUCCUUGGAGGAGGUGCCAGCGGGAGCUCUUCCGCUCCGGUCCUAGACGAGGUCGUGGUCACGGUUCCUAUCCCGAAGACUGUUCGUAAUAUCACAGAUAUGCAACCCAGCCGGGGCGAAGCCCAAUAUCAACCUGGAGACGACGUUCUCGAAUGGCGCGUACCCACGAAAGAUGCCGGGACUAUCUCAGGGACCGCGACUCUAUACUGCACAGUUGUAGGAAAUCUACCAGCAGACGAGGACAUCGACGAAGACAUCGAAUUCGGCAACGACCCAAGCACAAGAGCCACCGCCGAUGCAGCGGACGCCAAUCUUCUCCAAGGCUACUACAACGCAGACACAUACCAGACUCCCAGCAAACCAAAAAAGAAAAAGACCAAGAAAACAAAAUCCAAAAAAUCCCGCUCUGCAGCUGCCACCUCCACAGAUACACCAGAGGACUCCGCCUCUCCAUCCUCGCAGACACCACCCCCACCACCCCCAAACCCUCCAUCCCAACAACAAGAACAACAGCAGCAGCCAUCAACAUCACUAUCCCUCAAUUCUCAACAACCCCGCAAAAGCAAAGCCCAACUCAACGCCUCUCUAAUGCCCACUUCCGCAUCAGUCUCCUUCUCCGUGAGAGGAUGGCUCCCCUCCGGAAUCAAAGUCGAGAGUGUAAUCAUCGACCCCCGACGAAGCCGUGGCCUUGGCGAAGGUGUACGACCAUACAAGGGCGUCAAGUAUCUAUGUAUGAGUCGACGGGGCGUCGAGCGAAGAUGCUAACUAACUAACUAACUAGUUAGUUAUCAGUCAGUCUCAAAAAGAAAGAAACUACCGCUGUGAUUCAGAGCCAUAUCUAGAUGGGGGAACUGUUGGGAACCGAAUAUGGUAUUUAUUAUGAAGAUAUCAUUCAAUCAUGUUUUUUGCGCGAUCUGAUAAUGCAUUUUCUGGUCCUAGGGAAGGGAAGAGGGUAGCCGGAAUAGAUAGAUUUAUUAUUAUUAAAGUGAAGUCCCUUCAUAUUAGCACAGUACAAUGAUAAACUGCGCGGUGGGCAG